AUGGAAGGAGAGAGCGAUGAUUUCGGGUUAGACAACACCGAUGAUUUGGAGAUAGACGUAAGUGACAGCUGCGAAGACAUGCCCAUUAGUGUGCCUGCUGACCUUGUCACGCUACACCGCAGCACCAGGACGAUUCUGGACUAUCAGCAAAGCAACCGGGCGGGUAGCAGCGGCCUGUUCAGCGGAGAUGACGACGACUUCGAUGGUGAAAGCGCAGACCUGGUCCCACGGCAGGUCCCACCUCCGCCGCCCCUUAGACCUGCGCCCCCCGUACCACCGCGUCGCCGCGGCAGCAGCGGGCUUUUCAGUGAAGACGAUGGGACAGAUGGCGAGUACGGCCUGGGAUUUUCAGCCGCCGAUGACCUCGGGGCUGAAAUCAAUCACGACGGUGCGCCGUCGGCCCGUCAGCUGCUGCCGCCGGUCGGCAACUACACUGACCCAUCACUUUCCCUGGACGCCAACGACUCCGAAAUUGCGGACCUCCUAGGGCCGCAGUCCAAAGCUGGAGCUCCAGCUUCAGCCUUGCAGGCAGCCCUGCCACCUCGGCCAGGCCCGGCACGGACGGUGACGGCGCCCCCACCGCCACCCGCACCUGAGGCCGGAAGCUACGGCCUUGAGGCUGAAGAUUCUGAGCUCGCGGAUCUGCUCGCGGACAGCCCGCGGGAGGCCCCUCCUCGGCCGUCUCUGGGCGCUGGGUCCUCCUCAAGCCGUCGAAUCAGUUUCAAGGAGCCCGUCGUGGCAGUGGCGGCGGCGCCGCCUCCGCGGCCACGCAUGGCUCACCCGCAGCCGAUGAGGCAGCCGGACAGCGACAGCUUCGGCAACAGCAGCGACGGGUAUGGCCUGGAGCGGGACUCCCGGCGGGAUCUGGCUACGCAGCCGGCACGUCGUGACGGCCUAUCCGACGACUUUGCCAGCGGAGAGGAUUAUGGCGAGGUGACAUUUGGCGGGCGGGUGCCAAGUCCGGCGCACGCGCCGGAUCCAAGCAGUGGUGCGUCAUUUAAGCGGAUCCUAGCCCCGGAGAACCCGAUCCAAGAUCCAUUGGACUCGCCUGUGGCACGACACGGCCGGCCGCCGCCGCGCGGGAUUCCGCCGCGCCGUCAGGUGGCAGAGUCUAGUGAGGCUUACAUGGAUUACGACGACGACUACGGAGAUGAUGACGUGGAGAACGACGUGUACGGAAACCGCGGCGACGUACGCGCCGGCCAUCACGGUGGCAGCAGCAGCGUGACCUUCCGCCGCAUUCCUUCUCCAACCCAGCGCGGUCUGUUACCACCACGGCCAGCGGCUCCCAGUCCGCCAGGGGACGAUGAGUAUGAGGAACAAUUUGAAGACGAUGAGGACAUGUUCGCGGACGACGCCAGCUGGGAUGGCGAGAUCCGCUUCUCUGCCGGCGGCGCCCCAGGUCGUGGCAGCCGCCACAUGGUUGCCGCGGCGCGCCCGAGCUCGGCACGGCAGCCUCGGUCCCGCGGGCCGCACGCCACAGGGGGCACCCGGCUGCGUUCGACUUCAGCACUGCCGCCGCGGGAGCGCCAGGCGGCCAUGAUAGAGGAUAUGAUGGGCCGCCAUCCCAGCACAUGGGACAUCCGUGAGGUAGCCACCUGGGUGGAAUUCAUCGGUCUGGGCCAGUACCGGUCCAAAUUCGUGCACCACCCAGUGGACGGUGGCCUGCUGCUGAGCCUGGGCGAUGAGGAGUUGGCUCGCGACCUGCGCAUCUUGCCGUUGGGCCACCGCCGGGCGCUGCUGGCUGCCAUCGCGCAGCUGCGGGAAGCGGCGGAGGCGCUGGAACAGCAGCGCGGAGGGGCGGAUGGGGCAGCGGGAGCGGGAGGUCGGCCCAAGAGCGAAGCAGAGCGAUUGGCGGACCUGCGCCGUCGGGCUGCAGAGCAGCAAGGGGGAGUCAGGCGACCGUCCAGCGCCGGAGCCCGCCUCAUUCCCCCGGAGCCUUUCCUGGGCCCUGCCGCGGGAAAGAUCACCGUGUACGAGCAGCGAGCCAAGCUAUUGUAUCAGCUGGACCGGGCCCGGCACCGAGCCGCGCAGCAUGCAGCCAUCAUCGAACAGUUGUCCAACAAUAAGGCCCUCACGGAGGCGCAGAUGGCGGAGAUGCGUGGCAAGCUCAAGGAUUUGGAGACCAAACACAAGGAGGAGUUCGCGGCCUCACACCGCCGCGGCAUGACCGCCCCCAUCUCACCCGGCAGCUUCCGCAAGGGCGCCGAGUACGGCACAGAUGCUGCCGUACCGUGGCUGCCGGUUGGUCGCGGCACGCAGCUGGCCAACCGCCAUCCGGAGCGCUUUGCGCGUGACGGCGAGGACGCCGUCGUGGACCUCACCUUUCGCCCGCGUGUGGUUCGCCUGGAGGAGGUACCCGCAGGCGCGGUGCGUGAUAUCGUGGCUAAAGCGCUCAGCAGCCGUACACCUUUUUGGCAGCGCAUGGAAUUUGAGUUUGAGAAGAUGCGCAAGGAGCGAGAGGCACGGGAGGAGGCCCGGCGCAAGCGGCGAGAGCGCAUGGGCAUGGUGCGGCGCGGAGGCGGAGGCGAGGGCGAAGAUGAGGAGCAGGCCAAGAGCCCCCACUGGAACAAUUACUGGGUGCCCAACAGCAACAAGAAUACCAGCUACCACAAACACUUCAAGCGCGGCAGUGAAAACGAGGAGUUGAACCAGUACCGCAGCUUUGCGAAGGACAAGAUGAGGCUCAGUCGCUGGUUCGUGGAGGAUGAUGAGAGCACCGAGGGAGACGUAGCUCUGGAGCGACUGGUUAACCGCAUGAUCCGAGCGCUGGUCAGGACGAAAGCCGAGGUCGAUUCCGAGGUGGGCGAUACAUUCGACAAGCGCAUCCGGAACUACUUUGAGCAGCACGGAUACAAGUUUCAGACGCACACCAGUAACACGAUUAUGGUUCGUGCGCGGGGCACCCGGCCGCCAGCCCCGCCGCGCCCUGAUACGACAAUGUACGACUUUGAGGAGGUGGAGCAGUACUACCCGGACUACCUGAAGAAGAAGACGCAGGGCGCUGGGGACAACUACGGCGGCGGGGACGAUGACGAUGGGGACGAUGAAGCGCGCAUGGUGCCCAAACGCACCACUUGGAAGCGCCUGGUGGCUGUUUACUACAUGGAGCGACAAAAGAAGAUCCGCGCCGCCAUCGCCAUGGUGAAGAUGAGCCAGUUCGUGCAACGAAACGGUGUCCGAUGGCCCCCGGAGCGGGACCGUGACACUGGCAAGAAGGACGUGUGGGUGCCCAGCAGCACCGCGGGCGCGCUGCACCAGCUGGACGGCCGAGACCGCACCUUCAACGAAGUGGGACGGGACAACAUCUCUCUGCAUGCCAAGCUCAAGAAGGCCCUAGGCCCGCCCCAGCCGGUGACCUUCCAGAUGAAGGUUAAGGAGCAGGAGGAGAAGGAGGCCAAGGCGGAGGCGCUGUUCGCAUUAAUGGGCUGGCCGCACUCUUCAGGCGAUCCCCACAUGGGGCCCCCCAUGGAGCCGCUGCUGCUGCCGGCUGGAGAGGGCGAUGCUGGCUUUGGGCUGCUGGCAGCGGAGCAGGGCGGCGGAGAGAGGCGGCGGUGGCAGCCCCAAUUGGACUUCUUCAGCGCUUUGGACGCGUUGAUUGAUCGCGCUCUGGAGCUUCGGCACCUGCAGGAGGAGUGGGUGGCGUCAUGGCACCGGGCCCGGGAGCGCGGCUACGGUGAGGAGGACCUUCCCUUGGAGCCACCCCGCGCCGAGGAACUGAGCUGGGGGAGCGACGAUCCGCUUGUGGAAAUGCAGAAUCGCGCCAUGGAGCGGCAACGGCAGGAAUGGUUGCUGGAGUGGGAGCGAGAUCGGCGGCGGCGUGAGCGCCAAGCCGCCCAGAUGCUGUCACAGGGCUACCGACAGGAGGACAUCGACUACCGGCUGGGACCACAACCCGAGGCCUCCGAGGUUGAGUUCGCGGUAGAGAACCACCUGAUGCUCCACGUGGAGCUUCUGGCCCGACUCAAGGAAGGGUUCCUGCUGAAGUUCAGGGGGGAACUCAAGGGCACCAAGAAGAUGAUGGCGGUUUACAGAGCGCUACGAAGCCAGAUGUUCCUUGAUGAGACCCGCGCCCGGCAGCAGCGCCGGGAGGACAACCUGCGGGCCAUGUACGAGAGCUUUCGACGUGGCAGCCGGCGAAUCAUCAGCACAGAGGAGCAAGAGGCGGCCUUUGCGAGGAUGAAGGACGACGAGGAGAGGCGGGAGGCACGGCGUCGGGAGCUGCUGGAAAGCAAGCGGCUGGAAGAGGAAGCUAGUCUGACGCCCUGGUACCUCCAGCCGCGGCAUACCAGCAGCCGGGGCCCCAGCCAGCCCACCAGUCGCACAACAUCGCCCAGCCGGCGCAGCACCCGCUCCCCACCUGCCGCCAGCACAGGUACCGUUACCCCCACCACGCCACGACGGCGGGCCAGCAGCGCCACGAGGACUCGUGGGACAUCUGGUGGCGGUGGGCCGCUGGAAGGGGAGGGCAGCAGCCGCAGCAAAUACAUCUUCGGCUCCAGCACGCCCAAGUCCAUUUGGAACCCCAUGGGCUACGCGCCACGCCCGGCACGACCAAUUGUGAGCAUGAGCUUGCUGGACUCCCCAGGUCUGCUGCAGGGUGGCCAAUCCGCGGCGUCGCUGGACCAGCCGCGGCAGCAGCAGCGCACGACGCCGCGAUCUGGCAGCGGUGCUGGCGCCGGCGUGGCAGCGCGGCAACGGCCAUCCACACCCACUCGUUCGUCCCCAAGGACCGGCAGUGCCGGCGGCGGGCCCCGCUCCCCAGCGCCGCCGCAGCGCCCGCGCUCUGCUCCCGCGCCGCCGGCGUCGCCGUCACGGCCCAGUGGCGGUGGCGCUAUCUCCGCCGCGGGCCGACGACCUACCUCCACUGCACCGCCACCAUCGUCCUUGCGCUCUAGUGCAGGUGGAGCCGGAGGUGCAAGUAAUGGUAAAGGCGGCGCGUCAGGCGCACCCGGCCAGCGUCUCACGGCUGCCACCGUGUCGCCUUCACCGCGGUCCCUCGGGACUCCCGCCAGCCCUGGUCGAGGCCGAGGCCGCAGCCCCGCGGUGGCGGCACCGCCGGCAAGCCCCCGCCGCAGCACCGGCCGGGUUGUUUUCGCAACACCGUCAUCUCCGACACGCUCCAGCGGCGGUGGAAGCCUUGCCGCGAGGGGCAGGGCGGGCACCGGGGCCGCGGGGCGGCGGGGCCUCAUGGAUGGGGACACGACCAGCGGCACGCCGUCCCCGGAGCGUCGUACCACGGGCCCAGCUGGCGCAGGGCCCGGCAGCGCGGCGGCGUCGGCGGCAGCUGCGCUGUUGCAGCGGCAGCAGCAACGGCGACGCGGGCUGGCAGACAGUGACAGCAGCCCUAGCCCACAGGCAAGUGCCCGGCGGCCGCCACUGGAAGGCGGCAUCGGUCCAAAUAGCUCAUCAGCACGGGGCCCCAGCGGAUCUGAAGCAGCCAUCAGCCGGCAGCCAAGGUCCGUUGGGGACGGCGGCAUGGAGCCAGGCACGGCAGUAGCAGCGGCUGCUGAUGGGCCGUCCAGGGCUACUGCUGGUAGCGUUGUUCCUGCGAGGUCGCCGCUGCGGCAGACCUCUGCCACCCAGUCCUUGGGCGCCACCACACGGCCACAGGGGCUGUCCCAGCAGAGCUCAGCCACUGGCAGCCUUGGUUUGCCUGCUGAAAGAGGAGGGGAUGGUGGCCGCGGAGCAGACGGCACGGGUUUAUCUGGUCCGGCCGCCACGACAGCAGGCCUCAUCACUGAGGCAGCUCGUCUCGCUUCCUCCUCUUUGACGAUGGGGCCUGCUGCCGGCAGCGUAGGAGCGGCCGCGGGCGGCGACUCCGUGUCCAGCUCCCGGCGGCCCUCCACCCCGCCUCCCCCCGCAAUCCAGCAGGAGUCGUCCAGUACCAGCAAAACUUCCAGCAUCAGUGCCAGCGGUCGGCCUGGCGGCAGCAGCAAUGGGGGCGUCGGCGUUGGCGCACCAGGAAGGAGCUCUGGCGCCGGCGGCACACCGCCCAAAUCUCCGCUUUCGCGCUCCCCGUUGGCGGGCUCGCCGCCGUCGCAGUCGCCUCCAUCGCAUUCUCCGCCCUCGCAAUCGCCACCGGCGCCGAUGUCGCCGCGCAGUGCGCCGUCGCCGCAGUCGUCGCAUCGGCAGCUUCCCGUUGUGGAAGCGGAGGCUACAGAGGGCUCGGCUGGCCUCGGGAAUGAAGACACUUAUGCGCUGGAUGAAUAUGUGAUGGAUGCGGAGGAGGGGGAGGAGCUGGAUUACGGCGAGGAAGUUGACGCUGCGGAAGACUUUUGA